UGGCGGCGUCGGUCAUCGUGAUCAUCGCCGGCUCUGGCGCUGUCGUGCGCUCGGGCAACGACUUUGACCUGAUCGUCAACACCCUCGCCGCCGUCUUCAUCGUCGACAUCCCGGCGCUCGCGUACAAGGUCUUCCUGCCUCCCGCGUACAAGCGGCUCGUCAAGGACAUCCCUCCGUUCGCCCACCCGAGCCCGCUUGAGGAGCGAAAGUGCACCUGCCGCAGCAUCGUCAACCGCUGCUCCGCCGCCAUCGCCGCCAAGCUACGGCUCGCCUUUGUCGGCCUCUACAUCUACAUCUACUUUGGCGCCUGCGUCGGCAUCUCCAUACUGCUCGUGCAAGUGCGCUGGUGCGGCGGCUUCGGCGACACCUGCCCCGCGUGGCUGUGGUGGUUCUGCGGCGAGGCGCCGUGGCUGGACCCUGGCCCAAACUCGACCCUAUAUCAGUUAUUGCCCCAGAUAGCGGAAGGUUGAGAGCCGAGUCAUGCACUGAGGGGCGUGAGCGAACCGCGGAGGUGGCCAAGUAGCGCCCUAGUAGGAGCGGCAAGGCUCGGCAGGAACGCGAGGGCUCGCGUGUGUGAUUGGGGGCUUCCACGCAACCGCAAAGCCCACAUAUCGUUUCGUUGUAGCAUGUUGCGAGAUAUACGGUCUUCAAGCGUAGUAGCUUUUGUGUACAGUAUAUUGCGAUAGAUCGCGGAGGUGUGUAAGACUGAUGACUGACUGGG